AUGGCCUUCAAGAAUGGGCUGAGUGAACGCCUCGACGAGCUCCGUUUCCCUUCUCCUCGCUCUCCGCCCUCCGAAUCGGUCUUUCCUGGAUAUACAUCUCUCUCCCCCGGCCACUCCAACUUUGGAUCGGGCUUCUCACGGCCCUCUGGCGAUGUCCGAGCCAACUUGCAACGUCGUUUCACCACGGACUCCAGUAAACUGUCCUCGUCAUGGAAUUAUCUCAAUCCUCCGGGGGCCACGCAACUGCCAGACCCUCUCGAUCUGCUCUCUUCGUUUGAGAAGAAGCGUCAGCAUAUCGAGUACAUGAGAGAACAGAAACGGCGCUUCGAAGAAGACAUGAAGCUGCUGGAUAUGCAGCACGAGAAGGAAAAGAUCGAAAUGGAUCAGCUCGCUCGCGAUUUGGCCAAGGCUGGCCUCUCGGGGCCAGUGAGUGAGCCGACGACCCCUCCGGAGCAUGUGGAACCUACCGUUUCUUCAGUGACUCGCCCCGGCAGAUUCUCAACCUCUAGCGUCACCUCCUCGCCUGGAUUUUUCUCUGCUUUUGCCCCUUCUUCGCAGUUGACUUCCCCUCAAGGCCCCUCGCACUCGCAUUCGUCUCAACCCAACCAUCAGCCAAUCGAUCGUUUUGCUGGUCACUCGAUGCCUACAUCCCGCCGGAACUCCGAGAAAGAAGAUUUCACCAUGGACAGCGCACCUUUCCGCCCAGGACCCUCGCUACACCGAUACUCGCUGCCUAGCAACAACUUCAGCAGCUCGUACCGACCCAACGUCUCCAGUCCUGGAUACAAAACUGGCCCUGGUGUUGACUCCUUCGCUGCCACCAAACAUCUGUUCCCCAGCGACGAGCCCAAUAUGAACAUCCUCCGGGACGAAGAACGACUGUCAACCCCAGAUAUCAAAGGGUACAUCAAGAUGACUGAGCCUGAUGACAAGUUCCCCACUCUGCGCCGGGAUGGUUCCAACCUCCUUUCCGCAAAUCCUGAUGCCCAUGAUCUGGCCAACGCGCGUACCCCAGGCCCAGAGUCGUACGCGUUCCACAGCCGCUACCGCACCAGCCACCAGAGCAUGCCACAGAACCUGAUCAGUACGAUGCGCUUCGAGCAGUUGACCAGCCCCGCCAAGGACGAGCGUGGUGGCUUGGCUCACUCUCGCCAUCUCCCUCGUCACUCGCUCGAGGGUGGACUGAGUUUCUCGACUGAUCGUACUCCAGAGGUUAUGACCCCGCUGACUUCCUCUCGCCCCACUUCGCUGCAGACAUCUUACUCGACCAAUGACUUGCCAACUGUUAAAGGCACUGGCUUUGAUGCGGCGAUCACCCCGCCCAAGACCCACGCUGAGCACCUGCAUCAGCACAAUGCCAGCAUGGGCCGUAUCCCCACGGGGGGAGCCACCCCUCGCGCUGUUAAAGGCUCCCCCGAGCCCGAGCUGACCCAAGGCAGCCUGUCCCCGCAGACAAUCCUUCAGGCUAGCGCUGCACCUUUUGGUCCUCAGCUGACCUCUGCCGCCUCGAACAAUGGCAUUACAGGCUCGGCUGCCCCUGCUGGUGUGCCUUUCCCUCCCUUGUUUGGCUAUACAGUCCAGCCGUACGUUGGACAGCCAACCCAGGCACCCAACCCCAUUGCGAACUUCGGGCAGGCCAACAACUACGCUGCUUAUCCUGCUCCGGCCUACGCGGCUAACAACUAUCGCUUCAACGAUGCUGCUGCUGCUACUCGUGGCCCCGUCACCCAGCGCCGCCAGACUGAGAGUGACGCGGGACAGGCGACUCGCUACGCCAAUUUCCCCAUCGAGCACUACAAGGGUGAUCUGUACAGCCUUUGCAAGGACCAGCAUGGUUGCCGAUACCUGCAGCGAAAGUUGGAGGACCGUGACCCAGAGCAUGUGCAGCUGAUCUUCAGCGAGACCUACAUGCACGUUAUUGAGCUGAUGACCGAUCCGUUCGGCAACUACCUGUGCCAGAAGCUUCUCGAGUACUCGAACGAUGAUCAGCGCACUACCCUGAUUGACAAUGCAGCUCCCCAGCUCGUUAAGAUUGCGCUGAAUCAGCAUGGUACCCGAGCUCUUCAGAAGAUGAUCGAAUUCAUCUCCACCCCUCAGCAGACUCAGACUGUUAUUAAAGCUCUAAAGAAUAAUGUCGUUGAGCUCGUUCAGGACCUAAAUGGUAACCACGUCAUUCAGAAGUGCUUGAACCGUUUGAAUGCGGAGGAGGCCGAGUUCAUCUACGAGGCCGUGGGUGCUAAUUGCGUUGUCGUCGGUACUCACCGUCACGGAUGCUGUGUUCUGCAGCGCUGCAUUGAUCAUGCCUCUGGUGCUCAGAAGGCUCGGUUGAUUGCGCAGAUCACCUCGAACUCGUUUGCUCUUGUCCAGGACCCCUUCGGCAACUACGUUGUUCAGUACAUUCUGGAUCUUGCUGAGUCGCGUUUUACCAACCCUUUGUGCCAGACCUUUGCUGGUAACAUCCCUUCUUUGUCCAAGCAGAAGUUCAGCUCCAACGUGAUUGAGAAGUGUCUGCGCACCGCGGAUGGCUUUGCUCGCCGUGAAAUGAUUGACGAGAUCCUCUCUGGCAACGAGCUGGAGAAGAUGCUCCGUGAUUCAUUUGCCAACUACGUUGUUCAGACUGCCAUGGACUUUGCUGAUGCAGAGAACCGUCAACGCAUUGUCGACGCCAUUCGUCCUAUUCUGCCGACUAUCCGCCAGACUCCCCACGGCCGCCGCAUUGCCGGUAAGAUCAUGGCCGCGGAUGGCUCUGGCCGUUCCAGUGGCCAGAGCAGUGGACAGGUGACCCCCAACGAGACCACGACCAGCGCGCAGCUUUCCAAGCAUAUGGUCCCGAAGGCUUACCCUCCUUUCCAUCCGGCUCCCAAUGCUCUCCCACCCGCUAAUGGUACCGCCGGCUUCAAUGGCCAGGGAUUCUCGUCCGGAGCCGCCUCCCCUCCUAACCCCGCCCCCAGCGAGACCACCGUGAUCUACAACCCACCUCCACCUGCCGUUAACGGCCACAUUGGCGCCCAUGGACAUGUCUACGCCGCCUACUAUUGA